UCCUGUGUAUUAAAGCUCUCAAGUUAGACAGCAUUGGCGCUGUAAAGAGGUCUUCACCUACUCAGUGAAACACUCGGCGAAUUGUAGUUUUCGUCCUUAACCUGGCACAACAAACGGAAGUCACACAACACGAUGGAGGGGAAACAAACCACGGGUGUAUAUACGAUGGAAGGUACGGUUAUGCUGCCAGACCUCACAGGCCAGACUUUCGUCCAUGAAAAGGACCGUCACGGACAGUCAGUCAUGUACCAGAUGUUUGAAGGACUGCGAACCAGCAACUACUUCCCUUUAAGCUGCUUACAGGAAAUCCGAACCUUUAAGCUCCGACCGGACGAUAUCUAUUUCCCGGGUUAUCUGAGGACAGGCAAUCACUGGACGUGGGAAAUGACUCAAAUGCUGCUUCAAGGUAAAGCUGAAACUGUCCCAAGGUUUAAGGACCAUCUGGAGUUGAUCCCUGUUGAAGAACUGGUCAAGCAUCCAUCGCCUCGCGUUCUGACUUGCCAUUUCUUCAUGUCCCAAGCACCGCUUGAUCUGAAGGAAAAGAAGUGUCGGGUCAUCUAUACAAUGAGGGAUCCUAAAGACGUAGCAGUUUCUCUGUACAAGAUUCACUAUGACCGACACCACCUUAACACUGUGUACCAUGGAACGUUUGAAGACUUCCUGCAGCUGUUCCUUGAACAUAGAGUGAUCAACAACGGCAUAUUUGAUCACCUCAGAGAUGCAGAAGCGUAUUUCAAUGAAAACCCUGAUAUACCAGUUCAUUUCAAGUUAUACGAAGACUCGAUCAAGGACCCAGUUCAGGCUGUACAGAAAUUGUCGGACUUUUUAGGACUCCCUAGAAAUGACGAUCUAUGCAGGGCCAUUGCAGAAAAAUGUCACAUGUCGAGGAUGAGAGUGGACAAAGAUGCCUAUGCUGUGAAAGUUGACGGGGACAGUCUAUUUUUCUGGAAAGGUGUGUCUGGCGAGUGGAGGAACUGGUUCACGGAGGAGAUGCUGGAAGACUACUACCGUGUGUAUGAGGAGAAGAUGGCAGGAUCCAGAUUCUAUGAGCGCUAUAGCAGAGCAAAUGACAAUUGAAAACGCACGGCACAUGGGUUCACAUAUGAUAAAUAGAAGUGACAAAACCCUAUCCAUAACCAUAUUAAUAUUAAUAAAUACACGCCACAAACUCAUUUCCAUAAUCAGAAGAAGUCUACUGUACGAUUCCGACGAUAUCAUGCUCAUGUGUUGACAAAUCACUAUCAAAUAGUGAUGAUACCAGGUGUUCGAGAAGAGGUGAUCGUAUCCCCACUGGUGUCACCUGUCACAAACACGAUGAAGAACCUGAUCGGACGGACUGCUCACACAACUGCUUGAUUAUGGGUUAAUACAGACGAAUGCGUCAGAGUUAUGUUGAGGCAGGAAUUUCCUGACCACAGUUAAUCAUACUUCCAUCUCACUUGAUAGUUGAUAAAUUCAUCACUAAAUAUUGAACCUGUUAUACUCAUUAUCAUCAGUCGUUAAAGAACCUAUCUAUUUGCCCAAUCAUGUACACCAGCCGGUGACACAUGAUAUGGAUUUCUCAGUAUAGUGAGUGAGUGAGUAUGGUUUUACGCCGCUUUUAGCAAUAUUCAGGCAAUAACACGGCGGGGGACACCAGAAAUGUGCUUCGCACAUUGUACCCAUGUCGGGAAUCGAACCCGGGUCUUCUGCGUGACGAGCGAACGCUUUAACCACUAGGCUACCCGCCCGCCCUCUCAGUAUAGAGAUCUAUUUUCAGUGAAAUAUGUUUAUGUGACAAUAUGAUAUCUGCCAGUGGUUCGGUAUGGUAACUUAAAACGCGAACAGGAAGAUGACGUCAUAUGAAACACUAUGACGUCAUAAUGUCCUUAUUGGAUGGCCGACCGACCGACAUUUUUACAUAAUAGCGCCAAUCAAUUCCGUCCACAUAUUCCUCUGCGAUAUAUUGGGGUAGCCCAGAGGGCCCGGGUUCGAUUCCCCAAAUGGGUAGUUUCUCUCCCUGAUCAUAGAAAGUAAAAUUGAAUAAUGAGUCAACUCAAGUCUAGAAUAAUUUGGCAAGUCUAGAUUCCAUCAGCUCUGAAAUUAAGGAUUGUUCCGGGUUCCAUUUGAAUUGAUAUUAUUCAUUUUGUAGAUAUAUAUUAUUAAAUAUGAUAACUUAUGUGACCAAAGGUCAGUCUACUACAAGGGUGCAAUGUGCGUAGCCAAGUUCUGGUGCCCCCCGCCGUGAUAUUGGUAGUAUAUUGCUAAAUGCGACGUAAAACCCAAGGCACUCACUCAUGAAAUAACUGGGUCACCCGUGCCUUUAAUUUCAAAUGUCUACUGAGAGAUCGUACAAGUGUCCCCAAUCAGCGAUGUUGAUAGUUCCAGGCUUUUAGCUCUCACCACAGGGGGCACGGGUGACCCAGUCGCGUAAGGCGCCGCAAUUCGCUGUGCAGAGUUGCAUCCCUUGAGCACGCCA